AUGACGUUUUUAAUAAGCGGACAUGAAACUACUAGUAAUGCUACAGCUUGGGCUUUAUACACGCUUGCGAAAUUUCCACAUGAGCAAGAUAUGUUACGUGCAGAAUUGGUUAAAGCUUUUCCUGAUAAAUCAAAAUUUAAUCCCACCUAUGACGAAAUUAAUUCUUUGGAGUAUCUUAAUUGCGUUGUUAAAGAAACGUUAAGAUUCUAUCCUGCAGCUAUGUUUAUUCAACGUUCUAAUAUCAAAGAGUUGGUUAUUGGCGAGCAUGUAAUUCCAAAGGGUUCUACGAUUGAUAUCCCAAUUGCGACGCUUCAGAGAUUACCUUCUAUUUGGGGACCAACGGCUGAUAAUUUUGACCCAAAAAGAUGGUUAGAUCCUUCAUUAAUUAAAGACGUUACAAAUUACAAUUAUUUACCUUUCGGUACUGGCGUUAGAUCUUGUAUAGGUAACAAAAUAGCUUUAAGUGAAUUUAAAGUAUUAUUAGGUAUACUAGUUAGAAAUUUUAUUUUUCAACCCGUUGAAGGAUUUGACGUUAAGAAAAGGGUUGGUCAAUUUAGUAAACCUGAUCCACAUGUUGAAUUAAUUGUUUCUAAGGUUGAGGCUUAA